AUGGUUGGCUUCUCUGUCAGUGAUCAGAGUCCAGUAUAUGCAGGAAACCUACUUGAGGAUUCAAAAACCUUAGCUUGUUAUGAUAUCAAAGAAGAAGCUAUCUCAAAAAUGCUGCCUUCCACGAUUCAGAUAUUUGUUAAGAAAUGGAAUGGGGAAACCACAAUGCUUGAGGAUGGUCGAGAUUUGGCCAGUUACGGCAUCCAGAAGCACUCGACUCUCCACCAAAUUUUCUAUCCAUCUACUACUAGACUGCACCAAAUGAAUUUAUCUGAAAUUACAGAUUCUGGUCCAAGUUUACCAAAUUCCACUACCAUUCUUAAUCUAAAGCAUAUGAUUGCAAAGGUACUGAAAACGCCGGUAAAAACAGUAUUCCUUGGCAGGAAGCCACUCCGAGAUUACUUUUCUUUGGCUGAUUAUGUUAUUCAGAAGAGCACAGUGUUGGUUGUUGCUUUACAAGAGCGUUAA